AUGCACGUCUUCAGCCUGAGGAGAAGCACUCUACAACCGCGACUGUUCCAGCAAGCAUGUCGCCUUGCCUCUACCACAAGCACUAGACGCAUUAUCGCGCGCAACAGACGACUCGCCGCUCAACAACCCACUCCUGUCCCCAGAUCUAGAAAACCUCCACAAGACGAAGAGGAAGAAGCCAUUCGCUGGUUUGAACAGGAUGUCGACACUGGUGCUACCCGCCGUAUAGCUGGAAACCCCGAAGAGCUAGAAGCUGCAGAGCUGAGACAGAAGAUUGCUGCCCUGGAGAAAGAGCUUGCUGAAUACCAAAAUGAAGAGUCGGACGAGGAUAUGCUGGCUGCCCUAGAGCCUGAGGAUCGCGCAAAGGUAGAGAAGGCGCUGAAGGAACGCAAACAGCUCGAGGCAGAUCGUGUAGACGGUCUCAAUAAAUUCAACACAGCUCUACGAGAAGCUGCUCUUCACCCCAAUUCUGUCGCCCGCAGAAAAGACUUGUGGAGAUGGUAUGGCCGUGCAAAGUACAGCAUUCCUGCUCUCUCGAGCAUGAUCCCCAAGAAGGCCUGGCAGCUGCUCUGGGACAUUCAGUCUGCCGAAUCAGAUACCAACCGUGAACGCCUGAAUCACAUGGAACAGCUUCUACGUGACAUGGCUUCAGUCGAUGUCGAAAUCAUGCCCGACCAACCCCUGGUUCUCAUCGAAACCCUACUCUCCCUCGAGAAGUUUGAGCAAGCCAUGUACUCAUGGCAGCACGCCCAUGAUGCUACCCCAACUCCCUCCGAGAAUCUCCUUUCCCUCGGUGUGCGACUCUUCUCGCAGAACAACCGCCUCGAAAAAGCGAACAAUAUCAUGAUGCAGCUGUUCGACCGCUAUCCUAAGCAUGAUCCUCGCAUCAUCGUGCCCAUCCUUACCGCGGAUCUUCGUGCCGGAAAAGACGAAUUGGCUUUCGGUUGUUACAUCCUUAUGAGUGAGAAGCUCGGUGAAGAUAUGAACAUGGAGGAUUACGAUGUUGUCUCGCUCACCUUCCUCGAGUACGGCAAGAAGGAUUACGCUCUGGCUGUCUUCCGUGACAUGAUGUUGCGUGGUCCCAACAAAGAAAUCUCGGAAGAAUUCCUUGGUGCCUCGGGAAUGGAUGAAGCCUACGAGAGAGUUUACGAGCGCAUGGAACGCUUGACUGAGGGAUUAUCGGACCCUGCCGAAGUCAACGCCAUUUCCUUGAAGGCUUUGAGUGCUUUGCCUGUACCAUGGCAAAACAAGUUUUUCUUCGGUAGCUGGCUCAAGAAGCUACUCGGAAUGCGACAGCUCGAAGCUGCAACGAAGGUCGUCGAGUUGAUGUAUGAACGAGGCAUCGAACCAGAUGCCAAACAUAUCAACGGACUGAUUGGUGGCUUUUUCCGCUCUGGCAAUCCAGAACUCGAGGACCGAGGUGAAAAAAUGGCCUGGAAGAUGAUUCAGCGAAGACUAGAGGCAGCGUACAAACGUCGUUGCUUGGCAAGAGGUGAACCAGUCGAGAACGUUCCUUCUAUUCGGGACACGGAAGAUGAUGGUCUUCAAUUGCCUGCUCAUCUCACACGUCCUGUACCCAUUGGAACCAUGGAAACAUACAACGUACUGGCUCUCCAUUAUUCCGUCAAGGAGAAAUGGGCACUCAUCCACCAUCUCAACCGCAUGAGACGUCCGGCAGAAUUCAAGAUGGAUACCUCUUUCUUCAACCACUACCUCAACAUGAUCUUCAACACCUACCACGACGAGAAGAAGUUGUGGCAAACGUUCCUCACAGAGGCCAAACACGUCUCCCCUGACAUUGAGACUUACAACAUCCUCUGGACUGCUCAACUGGAGCACUUGAACCCCAGAAUGAACAAGGAUAAAAAAGCCACCAAAGGUUACCCAACCCCUCGCCAACUAUUCGGCCUCAUGACAUCUUGGUUCCACAGCAAAUCCCUCUUGCACCAAUCUUGGACCAUGAAAGAAUUUACCCCUACAGUGCACACCAAGAUCAUUUCCAGUUUCUGUCUGAACAAAGACUUUGCUGGGUGUUUGGUUGCUCUGCAUGGUAUAGCUCGAAUGUACAAAGAGUUCCCUGAUCCGGAGUUGGCUCGUAUUGUUCUCAUCGCUGUCGCCAAUAUGUCCGAGUCCCAACCUCUGACUAUCCGCGCCCGCAGAGGACGUCAACAAGUCCCUGCCUCUACCGUUCGGCUGAAGAACACAUCUAAAGUCAUGGCAUCGCUAGCUCAGAAACGUGCAGAAGCUGCUGCAGAGAAUGGAAUCGAUAUCACAAGGUUGAGUGUCGAGGCUCGCAAGGAGGAAGCUUUGAAUCUGCUUUCUGAAUUUAUCAGAUUGGUGUUGGUGAGGGUGCAUGGAAAUACUGAUGUUGCGGAGGAUAGUAUCCGCCAGGCUGCCAUGGCAAUGCAGUUGCCGGAUAUUGAGACUGGAGAUAAGGAUUGCUCAAAUGUUGUGUAA